AUGAAUACUUGGAUUAAUUCUUUCCCGCCGGGUUACAGAUUCAACCCUCAAGACGAAGAGCUCAUCCUCCAUUAUCUGAAGAAGAAGGUGCUGGGGGAAGAACUGCCCAUGAACAAGAUCGUCGAGGUUAAUCUCUAUAGGCACGACCCUGACACUCUUGCUGCGAUGUACAGGAAAUGUGGGGAGGAGAACGAGAACAGUAUCUGGAAGGAGAUCUUGGGCGACCCAGUUGGAGUAGCUCGGCUGCGGAUUUGGUUCAGAUCACAACUCAACUCAUCAUAUGCUUGCUUGUGA